AUGAGUGGCAUGGAAGUUGCUGGCUUGAUUCUUGGUGCUGUGCCCAUAAUGGUCGCCGCUCUCGGGCACUACAAAACUAAUCACAAGAAGUCAUGGUCAUUCAGAUACAAAGCUUCUCGCAUAGAUCAAUUGAUUAUUGCAUUGGAGAACCAAAAGUUCUUUCUGGAAGGAGACCUUGAGCUUGCAUUGCUGGAAGCUGGUUUUGAACGAUAUGAUAUCGUUUCUAUGGACACCAGCAACUUGCAAGGGCUGCUCUGUAGAAGUGAUGUAGCUGAAGAGCUCAGCCGAUCUCUUGGUCGAGGCUUUGGCCCGUACAAAGACACACUUGGUAGAUGCGAGGCGUCUCUGACUAAGAUUGUGCAAGAGAUGAAAGGUCUUGUGCCUGGUCCACAGUCUGGCAGUCUCAAAGAGCUGCUCAAAGCGAACUCAUUAAGCGCCAAUGGAAAGUACGAAUUCAGAAGUCGAAUUAAAUUCGUUCUCAAGGAUGAUGAGCUCAAGCAAAGAGUCAACGACCUCAGAGAAACCACAGACACCCUGACAAAGCUGAGACACUUGGGUACAUCGCUAAAUCAUCACGAGAUUCUCUCUGAACAGAGAAUUGUCGGAAAGUUCGCAGUUUUCUUGCAGCGAGUUCAACGACACGCAGACGUUCUCUACUCGGCGAUGUCUCAGAGACUAAUAUCUGGAUGCCACCAUGAGCACGAGACUAGAUUAUAUCUGGAGAAUCGCUCGGACGCGUGGCACAAGCGACGAGUGUCUAUCCAUUUUGACUUGAUCCUCGGAUCACCAGCUGUACUCGCAGGUAGUAACAUGCUGUCCCAGGAACUCCAAGUCGCGGUCCUUGAUAAUGAGAUCUAUGAAUUGACUACACCACAGGCGCGAAAGCAGCCCCAAGUUAUGUUCGACUUGCCCCAGCCAUCCGAGUCUCGUGAGCCUUUGAUGGACGAGACUAUCUGUUUUUGGCGCCUCAGACCAUCGCCAAAUGCUGAUGAAGCCGCUUUUCUUGUCGAUACGAGUCAUCCAUUUCUCGUCCACAAAUUCAACGUGGCUGCAGCAGCUUGUCCAACCCACAAAUCAAGCGCGAGACAGCAGCUAUUGAAUUUAGGCAUAGUACUCCUGGAGAUCGGACAUGAGAAAUCUUUCGAGUCCUGGGCAUCAGCCCAUGGCUUCACUCUGGAUACGGCGUAUGGCAGUCGGUACGAUGCCGCAUCAGCGUGGCUACGCGACUCUGCGGGCGACUUGCUGUGUUCCUACUACGAUGCCGCAGCCCGGUGUAUCGAGUGCACAUUCCAGACACGGCCCAAGUAUCCUGUCCCAGACUGGGAAGAUUCCGACUUCAGGAAAUCUAUUUGCGAAUUGGUCAUCAAACCUUUAUGGAGUAUCUGCUCUGGGAAGGCGAUGUAG